GCACAUUUGUAAUUCUACAUGACUACAAUAUAAUAACAAAUUAGAUUAACGGAUUUGGAUAUUUAAAUAUAAAAAAAAAAUAAUAAUUAUUAUUAUAAAAUAAUAAUUAUAAUUUUAAAAAAAAAAUUAACUCCCACUCACAGUAUGUCAUCAUCAUCAAAUAGUAGUCUAUUACUAUCAACAGUCUUUACGGUAGGAUUUAUUGUUGGUGGAGUUGUUGUACGCUUUGUUGGCGUAAAUGAUAAUAAAGGGUCUCAACAACAGAUUUUAAUUAAUGAUAUUGAAGAAAAAGAAAUAGACGAUGAUGAUAUUACUGUAGUAGGUUGUAACUAUUGUUACAAAAAGCAUCUUUCCAAAUCAUCAUUUUCUUCUUCUUCGUCAACCUCAUCCAUAUAUUCAUCUUACUAUUCUUUAUCAAAUCCUUCUUUAUCGGACUUCCUCACACCACCGGAUUCACCAAAUCCUUUUACAUCAACUUACAAUUUAAUAACGAAAUUAAAUCAACUUCGUACAUACCAAAAAAACUUGUAUAAAAAACAGCAAGCAUUCUAUUCCGAUACGAUAUCAUUUAAUCAUCAAUAUAAUUGUUUAAUAACUGAGAUAAAUGUUUUUAAAGAUUAUUCUCUUUUACAAAUUUCUAAAUCAAAAGAAAGAUUGGAUUUUUUACAACAAAAAAUCAAAUCUAUACAAUUUUCCUUUUUAAAAGGUAUAUCUACAUUAGAAAAUAUUGAUAUAUCAGGAAUUAAUAAUAAUAAGAAAUUUCAAUUGGUUGAAAUUAAAUGGUUGGAAAAUUUUAAUGAAAUAUAUGAAGAAAAAUUAGAUAAUUAUACAAAGAAUUUGGAUGAAAUGAAAAGGAGAUUUAAUGAAUAUGAACAAAUAACAUUAAGAGAGGUUGAAGAUUUAAAAUAUAAGAUUGAUGAAUUAAAAUGUGAGAUUGGAUUUUGUGGUGAUGAAGAGACAAUUAAAGAAAUAAGACAAGAAUUAAAAUUUGGAGAAUUAACCAAUCUUUUAUAUGAAAAUGGUUUUAUUGAAACAUAAAAAUUUAAUUUAUAUAAUUUGAACUUUAUAAAUAAAUUUAGACUAUAAAUAAUUUG